AUGCGUCUUUUUGAGAGACUGACCUUGAAAAAGUGGUACCCAGAGGUGAGACACCACUGCCCCAACACCCCAAUCAUCCUGGUGGGCACCAAGCUGGAUUUGAGAGAUGACAAGGACACCAUCGAGAAGCUGAAGGAGAAGAAACUCACCCCCAUUACCUACCCCCAGGGUCUGGCCAUGGCAAAAGAGAUUGGAGCAGUAAAGUACCUGGAAUGCUCAGCCUUGACACAGCGUGGCCUUAAGACAGUGUUUGACGAAGCCAUCCGGGCGGUCUUGUGUCCCCCGCCCGUCAAGAAGAGGAAGAGAAAGUGUUCACUACUCUAAACGCCGCAGACAGGAAGUAGGAAGUCACACUGCAGUCUGAGCUCACCUAUUGGUUGGGGGGAGGAAGAAGAGGGUGGGGGAGUGUCUUAAGAGGGAAGAUUCUACAGAUGUCAUUUUUUUUCUCUCUCGGAUUGUAAUUAGUACAUAGUACUUAAAUAUGAUUUUUAUUAUACAAAUCCUAGAAUUAGAGCUUUGUGAAAUUCCUGCUGCCUUCUAAAAAUAACUUUUUUAAAAAAAUGUUCUUGGAAGAUACUAAUUGCUCUUUUCAAUUUUAGUCUCUUUCCACUCUUCUCGAGUCCAUAUAGUUUGUUUACAGACUUGAAUUGUGUAUAAUUGAGGUGUUGCCAAAAUUCCUACCGCAUAUAACGGUCAUCACUUUCUUGUAGCUCCAUGUACACUAAAUGUAAUGAUUUCUUCUUGUUUUUUUCUUUUGUACCAUGUGUGCGACCAUAAUUAGCAAAAUCUUAAAAUAUCCUUUAAAUGGUUCAAGAGAAAUUGAAGUAAACUCUUAAAAACAAA